CGGGCUUUGGCCCUCGUUCCGUCCCGGGGAGCCUCGUCCUCCCCCGGGGCUUCUUUGAGGCCCUGCCCUGAGGCUUCCGUUGGGCCUGCACCGCCCCCUCGUGUCCGUGGCCCCCUUGGACUGAGUUUGGCCCCACUUCAGAACCCUGACCCGUCCCCGUUUCCUUCUCACUUGGAGGGCCACGGCGUUGACCGCGCGGCAUCCGCUUCCAGACCCCGAGGAGGCCGGCUUCGCGGCCCUCACGCCAACGGGGCUGCCAGCCCUGAGGAGGAUGAGCCCCGCCCUCCGCAGGGCCUGCUAGAGCUUGGGCGCCGCUGCCUCGGGGGCCGCCCUGAACCCGUGUCCCUUGGCGGCGGCGGGACCGGCACCACGACGAGAAGCCCCGGCGCCCCCCCGGACCCCGCGGGGGUCGGCCCGCAUGCGCCUCCCUGCUGCAGAGCCACGGAGGAGGAGGAGGAGGAGGAGGAGGAAGACGAGGAGGAGGAAGAGGAGCUGCCCGGCCCAGCCCUGGCGCCGGCCGGGGAGAGUGCCGCCAGCGCCGUGGGUUGGCGUUGGCGUUCCCGGGAGGAGCAGGUGGCCAUGGAGAGCCUGGCCGGCUACGUCUACAAGGCGGCCAGUGAGGGGCGGGUGCUGACGCUGGCCGCCUUGCUCCUGAACCGUUCCGAGAGCGAUGUCCGCUACCUGCUGGGCUUCGUCACCCACCAAGGCGGGCAGCGCUCCACGCCGCUCAUCAUCGCCGCCCGCAACGGACACACCAAAGUGGUGCGGCUGCUCCUAGAACACUACCACGUCCAGACCCAGCAGACAGGCACCGUCCGGUUUGAUGGCUACGUCAUCGACGGUGCCACGGCACUGUGGUGCGCAGCUGGAGCCGGCCACUUUGAAGUCGUGAAGCUCCUGGUGAGCCAUGGGGCCAACGUCAACCACACUACAGUGACCAACUCCACUCCGCUGCGGGCCGCCUGCUUUGACGGCAGACUUGACAUCGUGAGGUACCUGGUAGAGAACCAUGCCAACAUCAGCAUCGCCAACAAGUAUGAUAACACUUGCCUUAUGAUCGCUGCGUACAAGGGGCACGUGGAUGUGGUGCGCUACCUCCUGGAGCAGAAUGCUGACCCCAACGCCAAAGCUCACUGUGGCGCCACGGCCUUACAUUUUGCUGCCGAGGCAGGCCACUUGGAGAUCGUCCGCGAACUGGUGAAGUGGAAGUCCGCCAUGAUGGUGAAUGGCCACGGCAUGACGCCCUUGAAAGUGGCUGCUGAGAGCUGCAAGGCGGACGUGGUGGAGAUGCUGCUGGCUCAUGCCGACUGUACCCGCAAGAGCCGGAUCGAAGCUUUGGAGCUGCUGGGCGCCUCGUUCGCCAACGACAGAGAGAACUACGACAUAAUGAAAACCUACCACUAUUUAUAUUUAGCCAUGCUGGAGCGAUACAGGGACAGCGAGAACAUUAUUGAGAAGGAGGUCCUGCCUCCGAUAGAAGCCUAUGGUGGCAGGACCGAGUGCCGGACUCCUCAGGAGCUGGAGGUCAUUCGGCAGGACAGAGACGCCCUCCACAUGGAGGGCCUCAUUGUCCGGGAGCGGAUUCUGGGCUCCGACAACAUUGACGUCUCGCACCCCAUCAUCUACCGCGGCGCCGUGUACGCGGACAACAUGCAGUUUGAGCAGUGCAUCAAGCUCUGGCUCCACGCCUUGCAUCUCCGGCAGAAGGGCAACAGGAACACUCACAAGGACCUCCUCCGGUUCGCUCAGGUCUUCUCUCAGAUGAUCCACUUGAAUGAGCCGGUGAGGGCCAAGGACAUCGAGAGCGUCUUGAGGUGCAGCGUCUUGGAGAUCGAGCAGGGCAUGGCCCGGGUUAAAAGCUCCCAAGAGGCCGAGCUCCACACCGCCCUGGACAACUACGAGUGCAACAUCUUCACCUUCUUGUACUUGGUGUGCAUCUCCACCAAGACGCAGUGCCGGGAGGAGGAGCAAGCACGGAUCAACAAGCAGAUUUAUACUUUGAUCCAGCUGGACCCCCGGACGCGAGACGGGUCCAGCUUGCUCCACCACGCGGUCAACUCCGGUACGCCGGUGGACGACUUCCACACCAACGAUGUCUGCAGCUUCCCCAACGCGCUGGUCACCAAGCUGCUCCUGGACUGUGGGGCCAGCGUCAACGCAGCAGACCUCGAAGGCAACACGCCGCUCCACGUCAUCGUCCAGUACAACCGGCCCAUCAGUGACUUCUUGACUUUGCACUCCAUCAUUAUCGGCCUGGUGGAGGCCGGGGCGCACACGGACAUGGCCAACAAGCAGAAGAAGACGCCGCUGGACAAGAGCACCACCGGCGUCUCCGAAAUCCUCCUGAAAACUCAAAUGAAGCUGAGUCUGAAGUGCCUGGCCGCCCGAGCCGUGCGGGCCCAUCAUAUCAGCUAUCGCAACCAGAUCCCCAAGACACUGGAAGAGUUUGUAGAGUUUCACUAGGGCAGAGAUAUCUCUUGGGGAAGGAAUGGGGUGGGAAGUGGGUUUUGGUGGGUCGGCGGUGCACCGUCUCACCUCCCUUCCAUACGCCGCACAAUAAAAAACCAGGCAGAGAUUCUGGGUUUCCUUUUUCCGCUCCCUUCUUUCCAAAGCCAAGCGCACACCCUUCAUGCCCUCAGGAACUUGCCAUCUUUCUUUGGUUUGUUACCUUCCAGCCUCUUCCUCUCUUUUUGUGAUUUUGGGCAGAGAAAGGACAGGGAGAGAAGUCAGACUCACCAUGAAAACAGAGUGUGUUUUGAUACUCCGAUUCACACGGGUUUUUGUACCAUUGACAGCCAAGAAUGCAUUUUUAAGCAGCUACCUGCAAAGAUCAUUUGUGUUGAAGCGACUGGACCCGCCUGUUGCCUAUGCAGCCGUUUGGGAAGCAGGGAGGAAGGAAGGGACGUGUUGAGAAUGUACUGAAAUGUGCAAAGCGACCCAGGGAAACAUUUAUUGCUCACCAGCCUCUUUUUAAUGCCUUUUGGUUCAUAACAAAUUUUAUUUUUAAAAUUUCCAUUUGCCAUGAAAUGAAAAUGGGAAAAACCGAGCAGGAAAAUGCAGGUGGAAAUUCAGGUGUUUGAGUGGCCUAACUGAAGAUGAUUUCUUUUUGUUGAGACUGAGGGGGGAAAAGCCAGGCAUACCUCUGCAGAUCAUUCCUUCUUCAAAGGGUGGACAUGUUUUUUAAAAACGAAAGUCACACUCACGCAGGACUUUAGUGUGUGUGUGUGUGUGUGGGUUUGUAUGUCUUAUCGUUGUUUUCUAAAGGUCUGCUUGAGGACCGUUCUCAGUCCCACACCUGAAAUAGUCAGCUGAAAGGCAUUUUCCAGAGACCUUUUAACUAGCUGGUAAAGAAGAAUAUUUUCAGAGGAUGAAGUUUUAAUUUUUUGAAAUGGAAAUACAAUCAGGGAGGAAUAGGAAAGGGUAUUGGCAGCCAGGUUCUGUGUCUCUGCUCCUUUUAUUACGGAUGACUUGUGAGACUACUCCUCUCUCCCUAAAACAACAAGGCCGCUUUUCAAUCACGAGGAGCCGUGUCUUUAUUAAAUGAGGAAGGUGAGGCCUGUGGAACGAAUCUCCUGGCAAAAGCCUCCGCAGAUCCAGGUUCAAUUUUUUGUUUCGACAGGCUUCGGAAUAUACUUGCAAUUAUUUUACAGGCCUCUUUCUAACAGUCGAGCAAUGAAAUAAUGUUUUGCAGUCAUCUGUUAAAAAGAAAUGAAUGAAAGAACUUUGAUUAAAAAUAAGAGCAAAAAGGGCAUUCCAGGCACUGGUGUGUAUGUUUGCAAAACAAAUAAAAUCUUGAAUGUGAAAUCA